CUGUCCCUCUUGGAAUGGAAAGUAGGUCGAUAUCUGAUGCGCAAAUCACCGCCUCUUCGCAAUUGAAUGGAAACCACUCCGCAGUACAGGGCAGGUUGCAUUUUCAGGCCGUGGGAAACAAAGCUGGAGGGUGGUCGGCUCUUACGAGCGAUAUAAACCAAUGGCUUCAGGUGGAUUUUGGUAGUUACACUCAUUUGACACAACUGGCGACUCAGGGGGUGAACGGAGUUGAUGAAUGGGUGACCAGAUACAAGUUGCAGUAUAGUGAUAAUGGACUGACUUACAAGUUCUACCAAAAAACUGGGGACACUUCGGUCACGGAGUUUAAGGGAAACCAAGAUCGUAACGAGGUUGUGUAUAAUACCCUUCGUCCGCCACUCAAAGCGCGCUAUGUCCGCAUAAUCCCAACACAGUGGAAUAAACAUAUCUCCAUGAGGAUAGAGCUCUUUGGAUGUCCAGAUUGCAUUGCACCCGUCGGUAUGGAGAGCGGACUGAUCUCCGAUGACCAAAUAAGUGCAUCAUCACAAUUGGAUGAUAAUCAUGCGCCAAAGCGCGCCAGACUGAAUACCAAGAUGAGUGGGAUAAAACAGGGAGGUUGGCUUCCUCUAACAAAUGACCGUAAUCAAUGGCUUCAAGUGGAUCUUAACAGUUACACUCGAGUAACACGAGUAGCAACUCAAGGGAUGGAUGGCUAUGAGCAGUGGGUGACUUCCUUCCAGUUAGAGUACAGUAUUAACGAAAUCACUUUCAAGUCUUACAUGGAAAGUGUUGGCAACCCCAAGAUAUUUCCUGGCAAUGGUGAUAGCGAAACUGCUGUUUACAACAUUCUUAAACCUCCAGUCACAGCACGAUACAUAAGGAUCUUACCCAUAGCGUGGUAUAAAAACAUAGCGAUGAGAAUAGAGAUCUACGGUUGUACAGUGUGUAGCACACCUCUUGGAAUGGAAAGUGGAGCAAUCAAAGAUGCACAAAUAACCGCCUCUACACAGUGGGAUGGCAAUCAUGACACAUCAAGGGCUAGGCUGAAUUUGAAGUUGACUGGAGUAAAGAGAGGAGCCUGGUCAACUCGUGUACUGGAUCUCAAACAGUGGCUUCAAGUCGAUCUUGGCAGCUAUACCACUGUGACCGGUGUCGCGACUCAGGGAAGGAAUGCACCACGAUUACAGCAGUGGGUGACUAAGUACAGGUUGCAAUAUAGUACUGAUGGAGUGAACUUUCAUUUUUACAUAGAAAAAGGCGACAACUCAUUCCAGGUGUUUAGUGGUAAUCAAGACCGAGACAGCAUUGUGUACCACAAAUUGGCAAGGCAAAUUAUGGCACGUUACAUCCGGUUCAUUCCAGUGGAAUGGCAAAGUCACAUCUCUAUGAGAGUGGAAAUCUAUGGCUGCGCAGGAUGCUUUGAACCGCUAGGUAUGGAGGAUGGAACGAUCACUGAUGACCAGGUCAGUUCUUCUACGCGAAUGGAUGACGACCAUUCGCCAAGUAAGGCCAGGUUAAAUUUUAAAGAAGAAGAAAACAAGGCCGGGGGAUGGUCAGCUCAGACAAACGACGAAAACCAAUGGCUGCAGGUCGAUCUUGGGAGUUAUACAAGAGUUACGCGCGUGGCGACUCAAGGGUUGAAUGUCAACAACGAGUGGGUGACCAAAUACAAGUUACAAUUCAGUGACGAUGGAAAAAACCUCCAGAAUUACAAGCAACAGGGUGACAGCGAAUGGACGGUGCUGAAUGGGUAUAAAGGAAGUGAUGCCAUUGUUUAUAACAAUCUGAAUCCUACAAUCACAGCAAGGUUCAUACGAUUUAUACCAAUCAGUUGGCACAAUAAGAUUUCCAUGAGAACAGAGAUCUUUGGCUGUCCAGCAUGUAUGACUGCUCUUGGAAUGGAAAGUCAGGCAAUAGAAGAUGCUCAGAUAAGUGCUUCCUCGCAACUGGAUGGAAACCAUUCUGCAAUACAAGGUAGACUACACCUUACGAGAAACAGUCAAAAGCAAGGUGGCUGGACGGCUCUCACAGAUGAUCGUAACCAGUGGCUACAGGUGGAUCUGAAUACUUUUGCGCGGGUAACGGUAGUAGCGACCCAAGGAAGAAACGGAUUCAAAGAAUGGGUUACCAAAUACAGCUUGCAAUAUAGCGAUGAUGGUGUGACCUUCACGUUCUACAAGGAAUCUGACAGCAACUCCGAAAAGGUGUGGUAUCCAUUUCACAGGUAA